AUGUCUGUCUAUACAAAGUUUGCCAUUAUCGGAGCUGGUGGCGUCGGUGCUACCGUCGUGGAUGAGUUGCUUAAAAAGGGUGACGCUGUGUCCGUCGCCAUUCUCACACGUGACGAGACUAAACCAGAGCUUCAGGCAUUUAAGGCUCGCGGUGCAACACUACACCAAGUUUCAUACGACGACGCGAAUGCUAUCAAGAAUGCGCUAAGUGGCAGUGAAGUUGUCGUCAGCACCGUGUCGGCUUAUCAUUUAAAUGUUCAAAAGGACAUCAUUCCCGCUGCGAAGGAGGCUGGUAUCCAGCUAUUUGUGCCAUCCGAGUAUGGCGUAACGGUGACCGAAGGACCGAAUGUGACUAAGAAAGAGGUACAAGACUUGCUUGCGAAGCACGAGAUCCCUGCAACCAUUUUUUACACGGGUCUUUUUGCCGAGUACUUACCCUUCAUCCUUGGGUUUAAUUUUCAAGAAGGCUACAUGAACGUAGUGGGUAAGGGCGAGACUGCCUUCAGCAUUACGCCACAAAAGGACGUUGGUCAUUUCGUUGCCCAUGUUCUAUCCACUGCUCCAAAGUCUGCGCUUUCUGACGCCAAGAUUCCAUUCGAGAGUGAGCGGUUGUCCCCGAUGCAGAUUCGUGACUUAGCAGAAAAGAAAUUGAACAAGAAAAUUGAGGUGCGCUACAUCGAUUUCGAAGAAAACAAGAAAAAGUAUGACACGGACUUUGUGGCGUUCCUCACAACGCUUUUUGAGGAUGGACGUGGUGUGGCUGGCACAGAAGAGGAAGUUCAGGAAAGUGUGGCGAAGUUCUUCCCAGACUGGAACCCCGCCAAACUAAUACUCAAAUCUACGUUUCAGUAUUUCUACAAAGUGUCGUCCCGCUUGCAAUUAUCAGGUGGUGCGCUCAUGAGCUCUAACGUGGGUUACCUUGGUAAACGAGGUGCGUCCAGUCUAGGACAAGAGACGGCAGGAUCGUUGGGCUAUGCCCAAAAGAUGCAAGCUCUUAUCGCGCAAAUGUUUGCCCCUCUAAAAGGCGUUAGCUAUCACCAUCUUCAUAUAGGUUACUCAAAGCAGGCACGACAUCCACCGAGAGCUUCCGAGUCUACACUUUCUAAUUAA